CCGCUGGGGAGAAAGGGAUUCCGUUAGGAUUUCCGCCCCGGGGCAUGAGGGAACCGUGGGCUAAGGCGCACAGGAAGGCGAGGGGGCGCGACAAGGCCCGCAGCCAGGCCCGGGCCAGCGGGCGGUCGCCGCAGCAGCCGGGCUGCAGGGGGACUCAGAUGCCGCGAGAGAAAAUGUGGGUGCCCUGGAACGGGCUUGUCGUGAUCGGGAAGAAAGUGAAACUCCUGGGUAGAAUCACCCAAAAGCCUCGGUUGUGGGUGGAGAAGCUUGAGUCUGAGGAUUGGAAACCGGAAGCAGCGCAAAAGACCGACUUGAAAGUGAAGUCGGGCCCGAGUAGGGAAACAAUGGAUGUGAAGCUGCUUCACAAUGUAGCAAGUGGAAUGCAGGCUUCGGCAGGCUUGGAGAAGGGCACCCCAAGAGAGAAUUGGGGAAAGCAAGAGGCUAAACGCAAAACAGGGGCUGAAUCUGAGAGUUCAGGGACAGCGCCAGGGUCUAGGAGGGCGUCUGGAUUUGAAGAGAGUUUGAGGUCCACUGGGGAGAAGGUGGGAACCAGGGGAGAGGGAAUGAGAUCCAGUGGAGAGAAGCUGGGGACCAGGGGAGAGAUGCGGGGGUCCAUUGGAGAGAAAAGAUCAAGUGGAGAGAAGCUUGGGACUAGUGGAGAAGAUUUGAGAUCCACAGGACAUAAACUGGGGUCCUGGAGUGGGGAAGAGCUGAGGUUGAGUGCAGAGAAGCUGGGGACCAAGGGAGACAGGCAAGGAUCCAGUGGAGAGAAGCUGAGAACAAGUAGAGAGAAACUGAGCUUGAGUGGAGAGAAGCUGAGGUUGAGUGGAGAGAGGCUGAGGUUGAGCAGAGAGAAGCUGCAACCCAGUGGAGAAAAGCUGGCAUCCAGUGGAGAGAAUCUGGAGCCCAGUGGAGAAGAUUUGAGAUCCACUGGAGAUAAGCUGGGGUCAGGUUGGGAGAAGCUGGGAUCCAGUGGAGAGAGGUUGCAGGGUUCAAGAAUAGGGAGCAUACGUGAAGAGGAAAUCAAAGAAGUGGUAGAAGUUACCGAUGAGGAGGUGGACACUUCUGAAAGGGUGGAAGGGAAUGAUGAAGAGCUAGUAGGGACUGCAGAAGGAGUGGAAGUUGAGGGGGAUGGCUUGCAAGAAGUGAAGGAUAUUACUGAUGAGUCUGUUUCUAUGGCAGAGAAAGAAGUUAUAGGUGAAGGCACCAGUGAAUGAGGCAAAUAAAGGAUUGAAGCAGAAUAAGGAAGGAGAAGCAGAUAGGGGAAGUACUGAAAGUGAAAGAAAAGAAAUUAAAGCCACACAGAGCUUUGUUGAUCCUGAAGGGGUGAAGGUGAGAGAGGAAAAGAGAGAAUCUGAGCCUAAGGGAAGAGAGGGUAGGAAUGAAGAAGAGAGACUAGGGGUGAAGACAUGGACUAGGACCAAAGGAAAUGAAGAAUAAUGGCAAAAAGGGGAAUGGGAACAGUUUUAGGAGAAAAAAAAGUUGAUAAUGACUUGAUAGGUAGAGGAAAAGUGAAUAUUGGUUACUUGGAGAAGAUUAACAAGCGACUGAGGAGCUUGUAGGGAAAUGUUUGCAAGAUGGACUUAGGAUGGGCUGAAGGGUUUAGCUUAACACGUAAUUGGGGAUGUGAGAUGUAGAAGAAUGCAGAGUGAGCAAAAUGGAGAAUUACACCAGGUAAAGGAUAGAUAUUGGGAGUUAUGGAAGAAGAUGCAAGCUGACACGAGCAAAGACAAUUUUUGAAAGAGGAUCCUGAAGGAGAAUGAGGCGCUCCAGAGUGACAAAAGCAAGAGAAGAGAUAAGAAAAAGAAGUGGGGGGAAAACAAAGGAAGAAGCUAAAUCCUAUAAUGCUUUCAGAAUUCUCUCUUUGGCAUUCGACGGUUUGAUAUUCAUGUUUCUCAAUGAGGGUGUUCUGAGUAAGGCGAGGAGCUGGGUAAUAACCACUGAACCACGAGGGGUACAACAGACCAAAGACUGACUCGGACAAGUCCAGCUUGGCAACUCAAGGAAUCGGGAAGAACAAGCAGUUAAUCAGAAGGCAGCUUGGUGAGCAUGGAAUCAGAACAAAGGGAAGAAGAAAGUUUGAUCACUUGGGCUAAUUAUCCCAGAAUAAUGGACAUCAGCUUGACCGUAAAGUACCUUGCUGGGCCCUCAGAACUGCUCCCUAAUGAAAGAAAACAUGGAGGCAAAAAUAAAGAUCUCUGCCCUCCCAAGAUCAUUGACUGCAGCCUCUUCAGGUGAUUCUCCGAGAGCCGAGGAACCCCAGGCACGAGGCCGAGACCUGGGCAGUUUCCAGUGGUGUGGACAUCUCUCGUAUCACACUGCACAAUAUUUACAGCAUGAACCAGAAGUCAGACCUGUUCUCUGGCUGCAUUACACGUUCUGCUGGGAUCUCAGAUACGUUAUAUCAAUGUCACCGUAGAAAAGUGAAGAUGGAGACACCGUGACAAAUGCCAGUCACUUUGGUUUUUGGCCCAACCAGGCAAAGAGCAGGCCUUCCGGUGUGGCCCCAUCCAAGGCUCAGCAGCCCACUGUGCUCACCAUUAAAGCUGGACCAACCCUCGGCCUCUGGGAAGGGAAAUACAACCUCCUUGGCACCUUGUAGUUGAUUUCUGAAGAAUGAGGUGAUCCGUGGAAAGACCUCCUGGGCACCACACGUGCACACGCGUGCACACACCCAUAUCCAAAGCUGUGUGCGGGCGCAUGCGUUUCCCUGUCGGAAGGGCCGAGCCUCCCGGCAGCCCUGAGCGUCCGCGCGGUGGCCGUUGGCCGUCGCCAGCGCCCCGCCUCAGCCAUGGGCGGGGGUUGCCCUUUUCUGGUGCCCUGGACGCCACCACCCAGGGAGGGCAGUCCCACUCCUGGGGGACAUGGUGCCCGCCCCCUGGGCCUGCUGCUUCCACUGGGGGCACGUCGGUACACGCGUCCUCCCAGGUCCACGCAGGGGCCCGACGUCCCUGGCGGGCGGCUCAGAGGCGGGGGCCGCCCUGCAGCAGGGAGGUGACCGUGCUCUGCAGGGCCGCGGCCACCUUCUUGGACGUCUUGCGCAGCAGCGGGCUGUCAGGGUGCUGCUCCUUCAGGUGCAGGAUGUGGCCCUCCUGGCUCUCAGACGUGCAGCCGCACUCCUCGCACACGUACAGCUUGGCCCGGCGCUCCUUGUAGGCGUACUUCUGCUGCACGCCGUGGAUCUUCUUGAGAGUCUGCCAGCCCGCUUCCAGACACAAAAAGGACAGGAACCUGGCUCCAGAAAGGAGAGACGACAGGGCCCUGCCCCAUACUCGAUCCCAACCCAAAAGUCCUAACUGAUGAUCUGAGGAAAAUCCUGCCCCGAGCCUGCCUGUGCCUGAAGGGGAGCCGGGGUUUCAGGGCCCGACCGCGGGCCCCUUACCAGUGUGGGUGCGGACGUGUCUCUUGAGGUCGAAGGUGUCAUUGAAGCCCUUCCCGCAGUAGGUGCAGAGAUGCCUCUUGACGUCAUUGUGGCACUUCAUGUGGCGGUUCAGCAUUCGCUGGGUGGCCCUCUGAAAACCCUUCCACUAGAACUUGGCUGGCAGAAGCGUCUAGAUCCUGGAGCAUUCAGGAGCACAGACCCAGCCAGGGACGGCCCUGCUGUCUGUGCUUUUCUAGAAGGCUGGAGCAUUUCCGCCGUGUCACAGACUCCUGAACGCAGUGGGGUUGCUGGGCCCAGCCCUGCCCUGGAUGGAAGGCCACGGAUCCUGAUGGAGGGGCUGAAAUGGCUGAUCUGGGCGAGGUGGCGCUUGCCGGGCACGCACCCUGGGGAGCGGUUAACCACCGUGCCUGCACCAGAGCACAUUCCACGGCAGCAUGGACAGGACCCUCCGGAUGGUGCUGAGAGGGGCUCACACUCGCCUCUGUCCUGGGGCCUCUGUGUGACGAGGGGCCUGUCCUGUGGCUUCCCUGGCCUCUUGUGGCCAGAAACUAAACUAAGCAACCCCAGACGUGGAUCCAGGGGGUCGAAUUCCGUUUGAACCCGUUGCUUCCUCCCAGCAUAAGCUCUUCUCACUUGGACCGACUCCUCUCCUUGUCUCCACAUCUGGGCUCCAGCUAGCCAGCUGGAGACCUACGGGAUGCCCUGCCUUCAGCCUCGCAGCGUCAGGGAGCGUGAUGGGGAUCCCGGAAGUGGAGCCCGGCUGCUCCACCUCGGAGCAGCGGAAGGAGGCGGCGGCAGCAGGGUGAACGGAGCCAUCCUCCAGCCCCGCAUGCCCACUGCCAAAAUUUCCCUCAGUUUUGGAGGAGAGUGAGGCUGGGAGCAGGAACGUCUAGAUUCUCUCCUGCCUUGAGGACGGGCUGGUGUGACUACACGAGCUGCCAGGCUGGGCCCAGCGUUUCCAGUCGGGAAACCUCCGGGGCCCUGAUGGGAAGGUCGGAAUUAGAGCACCUCCACGUUCGCCAUCCCUCGCCGUGCCCCCAGUGGGAGCAGGGUCAGUGCGUGGCUCCACACACCGUGCCAUGCCUUGAGUCUGUGAAGCAGGGUCAUGGCUGGCUGGUGAUAGAAUGGCCUGGCCACAUGAGGCGCCUGAGCGUGGGCCAGGAACAUUCCCUUUCUCACUUCCGAAACCAGUGGGAAAACUCCCCAGGGAGAACCAAGGCUUCGAGAGGUAAAAUUAGGUGCUUUAACCUCUCCCCUUUACUUGAUCCCACGGUACCCUCCCCUUACCAGAGAUGCAGGCAAAUCCUACCCGCCCCCUUGAGUUUGGACCGCACCCUCCAUCCAGCCUGACCUUCAGAGCUGCCCCCACGUCUCUGCUCACCUGGACAGACCACCCAGAAGCCCUCCCCAGCGCCCUCCAGGGCACAGGUCUCUAGGCUGCCCCAAACUGCGGUGGGGAAAAUCAUUAAUGCAAGGAAGUCAGUGAUUUGAACAAACGGAAUUUCUUUGUCCUUUGUAAAAGUCAACACUUGAUCUGUUACUGAUUGGGAUGUGAAAUAAAACUAAAAACAACA